GAAUUUUUAUAUUUUAUUAUUAUAAUUGUGCAUAUAAUUUUCAUAUUCUUGAUAAAUAACGCAAACCCUUUUAAAUUAAAGAUGGCAAAUACAAUGACAAGUGUGGAUAAUUGUUCGAGAUAUAGAGAAACGACGCAUAGCUUGACAGUCGGUCACGAAGCGAUCGAUUUUGAAAGGAACGCCGUUCUUCAAAAAGACGGAAUAAAUCGAUCGUACUUCAACAUUAGGGAAUAAAACAAGACAAAGCAAAUGGAUACCUAAUACGAAAUACAUGAAAUCAGUGAUUAUACGUUUAUCAGUGGCAAUGAGGACGCGCAGAUCGAUCAAAGAAUUAGAAUAGUUCUUUCUCUCUUUCUCUCUCUUUCCCUUUAUAUCUUUACCUUUCUUCCUUUGCAUCUCUCUUUGAAAGAGAAUGAAAGUGUACUAGAAGAACGUGACAUCCAGUGCAUUACUCGUGAUUUCGUUUUCUUUUACGUGAUUCGUGUAUUACGUGUGCUUACGAACGCGUGUAUGUGCGUUUUCUAAUACGUGUAUGCGCCUCUGCGUGUGCAUGCGCGCGCGCGCGCGCGUGGUUCGGCGAUGUCAGAAGUUCAUCGUAUGAAAGCAAUUGUCGGUUUUGUUCGAUAAGAAUGGGGCUACUGGUGAUCGACCGACCGGACGGUUAGUGCUUUAAUGUUACAUUAUUUCACGUUACUACGAAUAUACGUGUAUUAAUCGUGAAUAUACGUGAUAUACACAACUUGUGUACGAAUACACACAGGCAUAUAGUUACUGCGUGUGCGUGGGUGGGUAUUGGAUAUAAUGUGGGUGUGGGUGUGCGUUCCUUGUACGUAUAGACGUACGCGUAUUUUGUGGUAACGUGUAAUGGCAUGGAAAUGAGGCGCGCGCGAGUGUCACGCCGAAAGAUACGCCUCUCGCCUGGAAAGCUACUUUGUGCUCCAAACUCGAAAGGAGAAUCCUCUCGCGAGUGGCCGCUCUUACCGGUUUAACCUCAUCGACAUCGAGAGUGCGUGUUUCUUGUGGUUUUGAUUCUAUUUAUCCAAGUUUCGGAUUCGUCUGUAAUUUCGCAUCCAAUUUUGAUCAGCAUGCGUUAACAUCAGGUUACCAAGAUUGUAAAGGGUUUCGUUCGUGAUUCACGACCUUCCCCAGAAUCUUUGGGUACUCGAAAGAAAAAUGCGCAACGAGUGGCUAAGAAACUUGUUCGCGACAGCAAUUUUCGCCCUUAUGGUACAUGGGCAAUUGAGAUCACCGCGUAUAACGGAACAUCCUUCGGAUAUAAUCGUGGCCAAGAAUGAACCGGUAACAUUGAAUUGCAAGGCGGAAGGUAAACCUCAACCCGUGAUUGAAUGGUAUAAGGACGGUGAACUGGUUCAAACAUCACCGGGAGAUGCAAAAUCUCAUCGUGUUCUUCUUCCUACGGGGUCUCUAUUUUUCUUAAGAGUAAUGCACGGGAAAAAGGAGCAGGACGGAGGAGUUUAUUGGUGCGUCGCGAGAAAUCAAGCAGGCUCCGUUCCAAGUCGAAACGCAACCCUAACUGUUGCAGUGUUGAGAGAUGAAUUUCGUGCAGAACCCCAAAACACAAGAGUUGCAGCCGGAGAGACUGCAUUAUUAGAGUGUGGUCCGCCCAGAGGUCAUCCAGAGCCAACAUUACAUUGGAAAAGAAAUGGUCACACGAUAGAUUUGGAAACUACUAAACGUAUCACUUUGGUUGAUGGAGGAAAUUUGAUGAUUUCGGAUGUUCGGCAAACGGAUCAAGGAAAAUAUCAAUGCGUUGCUGAGAACAUGGUAGGCGUGAAAGAAUCUGCCGUGGCAACAUUAACAGUUCACGUGAAACCAUUUUUCUUGUCAACUCCUGCGAAUCAAACGAUCUUAGCGGACCAGACUGCUGAAUUCGCCUGCCGCGUGGGCGGCGAUCCUCCGCCCGAGAUUCUUUGGCGACGAAACGACGGGAAAAUGCCAAUUGGACGAGCACAUAUUUUGGACGAUAAAAGUUUACGGAUCGAAAGAGUGACAUCACAGGAUCAAGGAACGUAUAUUUGCGAUGCUGAAAAUGGUGUCGGUGCCAUAUCAGCGAGUGCAACUUUGACAGUACAUUCGAGACCAGUAUUCAGCAGUUUUCCAAAAGACGAGAUAGUCAGCGUCGGAUCAAAUGUUUCGUUUUCCUGUGCGGCUCGUGGUGCACCAAAGCCUUCGAUCUUUUGGACUCGGGAAGGUUCUCAAGAAUUGAUGUUCCCUGGAAAUGAAUAUCAAAGUCGUUACAAAAUCACAGAUGAUGGAAGUUUGUAUAUAAAGGGUGUCCUUGGAAAAGACGAAGGACACUACGUCUGCAGCGCAAUCAGUCAAGCUGGUGCGAGCACAGCUACGGUUUUUCUUCAGGUUACAUCGGUUGAAGAAGUUCCACCACCUGUAAUCGAGAUCGGACCUACGAAUCAAACAUUGCCUCCGAAGAGUGAUAUUUCUAUGCCAUGUCGUGUAUUUGGACGACCUAUUCCAAAAAUCCGAUGGUAUAAAGAGGACGAACUUGUACGGAUCGGUAGCGAUAAUAAAUUUACAAUCGCUAGCAACGGCACUCUUUCUAUAAAAAAUCUUCAAUUAAGCGACAGUGGAAUAUAUAAAUGCGUUGCAUCUUCCGAAUCUGGGAAUACUUCAUGGAUAGCUAGUUUAACGAUUAGUCCCGGAGCAAAUUAUCAUAGCAUCAUACCAGAUGUAUCAGCACUUCCCGAAAGUCCAAGUAAACCAAGAAUAGUAAAUACUACUAGUAGUACGGUCACGCUCACUUGGAGUCCAGGACACGAAGGUGCUAGCAAGAUAAUCGAUUAUACAGUUGAAUAUUUUGCUACAAAUCCAAAGACCAGCUGGAUCGUCGCUGGAACAGAAAUAACAGAUGAUAUUUAUACUGUAACAAAUCUCACACCUGAUACGAGUUACGUAUUCCUUGUUCGUGCUCGAAAUAGUCAAGGUCUUUCUGUUCCUGGUCCAUUCUCGGACGUUGCACGUACUACAAAUCUUGAUCAACACGCGAUUCCUCAAACUGAAUUGAUUCGCGCAAGAGAUCGUCUCAACAGUGAGAUUCUUUACUUGAAGGAUGUUCAGCCUUUAAGUAGCACAAGUGUGAAAAUUGUUUGGGACAUACUUGGAGCAGCUGAUCUGGUUGAAGGAUUGUAUAUAAGAUACCGUGAAGUAUCCGAGAAACCGGAAUAUCGAAUGGUCACUGUGCUGAACGCCGGAGCAACUAGUUACGUGUUGACCAACCUAAACAAAUACACACGUUACGAGUUUUUUCUAGUUCCUUUUUUCAAGACUAUUGAAGGGAGGCCGAGCAAUGUAAAACUAGCGACUACACUAGAAGAUAUACCUUCUGGGGCGCCCGAAAAUGUUCAUGUCGGAAUGAUAAAUAUUACAUCAGCAUUCGUUCGUUGGUCUCCUCCACCGAAAAGCACACAAAACGGACAAUUACUAGGAUAUAAGAUUCAAAUCAAGAGCAAUAGUAGUAACAAGAUUUUGGGACAGAUGUCUUUAAAUGCAUCGACGACGUCAGUGAUUAUCAACAGUUUGACGACAGGUGGUCUUUAUACGGCACGUGUUGCCGGAUAUACUCGCGUGGGUCAAGGACCGUUUUCCAAUCCAACUAUUUUAAAUAUGGAUCCAGGACAAUUAACACAGUUGCCACCACGAACGGAUCCAAGUCAAAGAAAUGCUUCUGUUGUUAGUGAAACCUGGUUUUUGAUUUUAAUGAUAACAGUCGUGUUAACCGUUAUUGCCGCUUUAUUGGGCGCCGUUUACGUUAGACGAAGACAAGCGAUGAGUAAACAACUCGGUCAUUUGAACGUUCCUGUUGGUACAGCUAAUGACAUUUGUCAAUUGAAUAAAGAUACUCUGUGGCUGGAGCGUGGUUGGAGACCUACUAAUACUCUCCAAGCAUCCUCCACUGAUAAGGAUUGCGAAACGAAACUAUUGAGUAAUCAAAAUCAAAUUGGUCUCCCACCUGGAAUCGUUGGAAUGACUGGCUCAGAAUAUGCUGAAGUUAAUUUAACAACAUUUUACAAUACUCGAAAACAAUUGCAAGCGCCACCAGAACCAUACGCAACGACUACACUUUGCAUGCCUGCUCGUAGUCCAGAUUCGGUAGAAACCACUGGUCGAAAAUCGAAUUCGAGUGAUUCCUGUCUCAAGCCCGAUUAUUCCAGUUUAGAUUCAAAUUUAGAUAGAAACAAAUCAACCGUGUCUCCGAGCAGCGACAAUGCAAGUAGCGUUUAUAAUGCAGAUGAUAAUACCGAAGCACAAAGAAGAGCGGGUCAUCAAUAUAGAAUGCCGUUACCAAAUGAGAAUCAACCUCCAAAUUGGUGCGAUAUGCUACCACCACCACCAGAACAUCCACCCUCGUUCGAAGGAUCGCUCGGUUCCUCCAGAACACAUUCGCAUACGCAUCAUCAACACCAACAUCAAUAUCAAUACCAUCAUCACCAUCAUCCGCAUCAAAUUCAACAUCAAUAUCAGCAUCAGCAUCAUUAUCAGCAUCAACAGCAACAGCAACAACAACAACAAUAUCAACAUCAAACUGCAUUUAGUCCUCAUCUAGGGAAGAGAAGUAUUGAAAGGCAAAAUGAUUUAGAUCUAAUGGCGGGUGCAGGACUAGCUUUGGGAUUAGGUUUAAAUACGAGCUCGAAUUCAGGUUCUGGCUCUGGUUUAGGUUCUGGAAGUGCAGGCGGAGGUGGUGGAGGUGGUGGUGGCGGUGGUAGUGGUAGUGGCGGCGGUGGAUCUGGUUCCGGUUCUGGAUCGAGAAAUUCACAAAGUCCGCCUAGUCCACCAACUAGAGUAAUGAACAAUUUAGGAGGCUCGGAUACAAUUUGGAAUAGUUCGGGUCAACAAUCGCAAUCUUUCGAAAAUUCACAAAACAACGUUCAUCAGCAGAGUAGAUAUACGAGUUUGCCCCCACAAACGAAUCCACCAGCACUGCCUAUAUUUCCACAGUCAUUCGAUUGUUACGAAUCGUAUAAAGGAAAUCAAGAAAACGAAUAUGAAAGUGGUUCUCUUUUGUAUGGUCAACGAAAUGAUUCGCCAUUAGAAGAUUACGAUUCUACAUAUAGUCAUGUAAAUCGAGCGGAUUCUCGAUCGGAACGAUCGAUGGCAAAUGAAGAAAUCUAUCGACGAAACGAUGAAGAUAACUAUCCGACGGAAAAUCAUUAUCAGCCCGAGAAUGAUGAAUGGGAUAGAAAGUCUUGCGAUUCAAACGCACACUCGGAUAUUUGUUGUUCCUGUUCAGAAUCUAGUUGCCUCUAUGGGAACACAAUCGACUACAACGAUCAAUUCGCUUCGUCAUCAGUGAAUUGUCUUCAUGGUAAAACAGGAUCUCGAAAUAGAAAUGGCAGGAGCCCACGUAGAAGAAAUACUAGAACUGCAUCACCGACUUAUAGUAGCGGUGAUAGUAAUUAUUCCUGUAUUCCCCCGAGGCAAUCUGGAAGCGUUAGCUCGCAAGAAAGGUCGAGGCAUAACCGUGGAAAAGAUAAAGUGCCUAGCUUCUCGAGAAUCGGCGGCUAUCCUCAGCACAAUUCCUCAGCCUCGAAUACAGUCAGCAGUUCUGGAAGUCAAAGAUACAACAAAUUGAAUAACGUUUUUGUAGGUGGUGGAAAUUCGAAUGCUCCUAUAGAGUGUAGUCGGCCGGCCGACUUUCGUGAUGGCUAAUUUUAUGAAAUGGAAUCGAUCCCUGGUAAUAUUUACCAAUGUGAAAUAAUGUGAAACAAUUGACUUCGAUCGCAACGAAUCGUAGCCGUCUCGCGCGACAAUAUCGCGAACAGUCUUAAAGUACCUUUUGCGGGCUAAUUACGUCCUCAAUAUUUCCAAACAUUAAUAACUGUUAACCGUGAUAUUCCUUAACCCUUGUCGCGUUUUCCCUUUCUUUCUAUCUAUGAUACGCGAACUGCUUUCAUUUUAUCUUUUCCUCCCGGUGGAUCUAUUUAAUCUCAUUUGCAUAAGUUAUGAUAAUUAUUGAAAAGAAUAUAAUAGCGAUAUCAAUAACUUUGAAAUAUGUUGUUAAGAUUAACAUUUUGAAUAAGUUUUCUUUAUUCAUAUAAUCAUUGCUUGACCUUAG